AUGAUGCCCCAGACAUUUUUCUGGAUCUCACGUCGUCUUUUUGCUACAAUUGAGGCUGGAAAAGAUGUCGCUGACCUUGUGAAGGACUUAACUAAGCGAUUUUCAGCAGAGAAAGAGAAUCUGGAGAUUUAUCCAGACCCUUCUGGUGAUCCAACGAAGUUCUUUCAAAGGGAUGACAGUUUCCAAAGAGAUGCAUUCCAAAUUGCCCUGUUUCUUGCGGUUCUCUAUUUUGUUGUACAGUUUUUAAGGACAACUUUGUAA